AUUAGUACAAAGGACAAUCAGAAAGUGUACAUCAAUAAUUGAACUCAAGUUACCGUUUCGGCAUAAAUAAAUACUUGAUAAAUUACGUUUAAUUAGCUGCAAAUUAACAAAAAGAGAAGAACGAGAAUAACGAGAAUGCCAGCUCAAGAGGCGGGCGUAAUGAAUGUGCUCUUCGAGGCGCGUCGUAUGCGCAACAGCAGCUCGACAUCGCGGCACAGCGGCUCCUCGCCCCGCAUUGCACCCCUCGAGGUGAAGCGGGUCAAGUCGAAGGAAUCUGUGCAGCUACUGGUAGAGCCGCCAAAGCAUGCCAAGCGUGUGACCUUUAGCAAACAGAAGCAGCAACAGCAGCAGCAGCAUCAGCAGCGACAACAAACCGUAGUUAAGGAUACGGAAAUGCAGACUGGUUUAACCUCAUGUCUAAUAACAAAUCCCACGCUGGAGCCACGUGCGGCAGGCGGUGCCAAUAAUCCGGCGGAGCGUAAAGUCGGUUGGUUGGCGCGGACGGACAGCGAGUGUCAAUUCAAGGCACCGGGCAUUGAUUUCCUAACGGAACGCGACACAAAUGUCAUCACAUUCGAGGUGAAGAUGCGUGAUUCGCUGCAGAGCGUCAAGGACUACACGACCAAGUGCGAUUACUUUCCCAAGUUUGUGGACAAGCGACCCUUCAAGGAUCAGGCCACACAAACGCUUUAUAGGGAAUCUUCGGCACAAACUCUCGCAUACUUGCCAGACAUUGUGGACAAGGAGCAGUCCGAACACCUGGAGCUCUUUAAUUUGGCCACGCUGCUGCCGGGUGACAAGCCCCCUGGACUCUACGAGGUGGAAAUACUAGAAAGGGCACGCAAGCGUUGGGCCUUCAAUCAGGCGCUGAAGACGAACUUUAUGCAGCAGUUGCACGAGGCACGCGAAAGUGCGAUCAAUAGCAAAUAUCGUCCCAUACUCGAGGCCUUCGAGUGGGAGCAAUGGAUCGAACGGGAGGAAUACAUACAAGAGUGUCAGAUGAUGCGCUUGGAGAUUGUGAUACGCAUGUUCGACAAGCGAGAAAGGCAAAUGCACACCGCUUCAAAGACACGCAUAGAGGAAGCAUGUGCCACCAUUGAGAAGCGUCGCCAGCACGGUCUCAACAAGAACGAGAUAAAAUAUCAGCGUGCGAUGCGACGCCUGCAGAUCGAGCACUCGGGCACCUCACGUCGCUGGAAGAAACAGAGUCCAAUGCAGGCGCUGGGAUCGCCGUGCUCGGAGUUCUACGGUCCGCUCAUACGUCAUGGCGUCGAUCCGGCGCGUCGCAAUUUUGUGGGCGACGGACGCAAGGCAUUUGACAUGCGUAUCGAUAGCCUGGAGAAGCGUGUCGACAUGGACAAGCUGGAGUGUCCGUUCACCAAGCUCAAGGAAUGGUCCAAGCCCAAGGAGUAUGUGAAGGAGUACGAGCAGAACUUCUGCUCCGACAAGCAUCUGCAAAAGCUCUACGAAUCUCUGAAGACGCUGCGUUCGCAGGCGACGCGCCAGAAGACAGCACCAAAGUGCCUGAAGCGUCGCCCGAAGGUAGCUUCCGAGGUGGAUGCGCGCAUCAGCUACAACUACGAGGAUGUGGAUGCUACGGACUUUUUCAGGGAUCGGGCACGACGCUCCGACGUCGCUGAAUUGAAAGUGAGCGAGGAACUUUCACCCGAGCAAAUACUGGCCAUACGCAACUUCCUUGAGGAUGAGGAGCGACGCAAACACAGUCCCGAUAUUGCGGAGCAAAUGAUGCGCGAACGUCGGACCGAGGAUCUAGAGCAGCUGUUGCACAUCUACGAGGGCGGCACCAUUGGCUGGAUUAUGCAGUUUCUUUCGGAGGAAAUGGAGCGACUCAAGGAGCAGCGUAAGCUGCAUUUUUUCUCUAUAUUAGCGCAAAAGGAGCGUUGGCGUCGCGAAGCUGCCGAGGCUGGUCUACGGCAGAAGGAGAAUAAUUUACGCAUACUUUACGAGGACAUCUUUCAGCAGAGCAAUGUGGUUAACAACGAGGUGACCGAGGACUAUAUCAACACCAUACUAACCACAGAUAUGGCGCAUAUUGCCGAGAACAACGCAGCAGAAUCUGUGAUUGUUUUGGCCAAACAAAUCGAUGCGGAUAUUCAGCGUUGGCUGGACAACAUUAAGCUGGUGCAAACACCGCUCACCUACGAACCUUUGCGUGAACUAUUGCGUGCCAUGGUCUUUCCCGACCUCAACACUUUGGUGAUCAAGUAUGAGAAGACUCUGAUAGCCAAGUACAUCAUAGACGAUGUGCUCUUUGGGCGCAUCUGGGAAGAGUUGGAAACUUAUGACAUUGCAACCGUGAUUGGCAGUGAUCUCAUCGAUCGCUUGAUUGACAAUGAUUUGUAUUUCUUUUCAACGGAGAGUGAAGGCGAAACACCGCGUCCACGCACAGCCAACAUCGAAGUAGAGGCCAUACUGCGAAAGGUCAUUAGACAGGCGGUGCCAGGAAGACGCUGGAAGACGGAAACGGAACGCGUAGCACACGAGAAUUGCAACGAUCUGUUUGAUGGGAUUUUCGAUCGGAUUCUGGAGGAAAUUAAUCGAGAUAUUGAACCCAUGGAACCGGUGGAAUUGCAUCAGGCCUUCUCACGACAAUUGAUUAGCAAACGUGAUAAUAUACGAGAAUUGGAGGAGGAGAAUUUGCAGAAACGGAGGUUGGAUGAAACCGUUGCUGAAGGUGAAAUCGAGAAUAUUAUGCAUUUGAAGACGCAAGUUUUGUCGCUGCUUAAGAAGAUGAAGGGCGAUAAGAUCACAAAAGCUUUGGAUACCGAUGAGCAUUAUUUGGGUGAUGCUAAAGUGAAGAUCGAGGAUGAUCAAAGCGAUGCAUUGGUGCAUUUGCACGUCUACAAGGAGAGGGAAAAAAUUUCCGAAGUUGAGGGUGAUGUGCACAGCAUAAUCAGCAUGUUGGAUGUGACCAAUGAGGAGCAUUUUGCUACCGUCAAGCAUCCGGGGCCGGAGUCGGACAUUGCUGACGAUACGAGCAGUUCCAGGAUGACAUACAUUGGCGUGGAGUUUGGCACAAAGACCAAGAAACCGGAGGAUCAAUUGAUACACGCGUUUCACGAGCUCAUCGAUGGCACCGUUCCCAGUGAUGCGUACACGGAAUACGAGGCCGAUGACGAGAGCAGCUGGUGGCCUCGAGAUAACUACGUUGGCGAGGGCAUAGAGGAGGAGCUGCUUAUUUCUACAGACGCUCCAAGCACUGUUUUGCGACGACAAUCGUCAUCGGAGGCGUCAUUAAAGGGAACAUUGAAGCGACCAGCUGUAUCGCGACCUCCAUCGAGAGUUGGAUCGUUACCUGCAUCAAAGCAAGCAUCGCAGGCGGAAUUGCCAAAGGCGCAAAUCCCAAGGGCCACAAGUCUGCUGAUCGACGAAGAAGAAGAUGAACAUCCUUUGGGAAAUCUUUCCUCGAAUAAAACAUCAAAUACGUUCUUCGAUGCGAGGGACACAAAGAAAUUUAGUGGCGUGUCCAGCCAUUAUGAUCUAACGGCUCCCAACGAUGAAGUAUCGCAGUCAGGAAAAAGCGUAAAGUCUGUGAAAAGCGAAGACAAAAAUUCCCAACAUCGCGAAUAGAAAGGGAAAAUUGAGUAUGCUGAUUUUGGAGCCACUAUAAAUAGUGAAAUGAUGAUGUUAAAUAUGAUUAUAAAUUAAAAGUUACUUUAGUUAUUGUGCAGA